CACGCCCCUUUCCCGCCAACCCGCAACCAACCGGAGCAGGAACCCCGGAAGUGAGACCACCACCACCGCCACCUGUGAGCCGACAGGUGUUUGCUUCCGCCCUGAUGGCAGAGGCUCCCGCUCGCCGGCCCCCUCUAGCAUCCCCCCGCUGAGCAAAACUUGGUGUUUGUUGCACCUUGAGAGGAACUUGUCGGGCUUGCAGGAUGAGCGCUUACACGGUGUCGCUGCCCGGGCCCGGACCUUGGGGUUUCCGUCUGCAGGGCGGCAAGGACUUCAACAUGCCGCUGACCAUCUCCAGGAUCUCGCCGGGCAGCAAGGCGGCGCUCGCCAACCUGGUCCAGGGCGACGUCAUCGUGGCCAUUGAUGGCGUCAGCACGGAGGGCAUGACUCACCUGGAGGCCCAGAACAAGAUCAAGAUGGCCACCUACAACCUGGCGCUCACCAUGUCCAAGUUCAAGCGUCCUGUCGUCAUGCCGACUCCGAGGAUGGACAUCAGCUUUCCCAUGAUCCCUCACCAGCAGGUGUUCACCCCCGCUGCUCCCAACGUCGGCUUCAACGCCAGCGGGCCGAAGGAAACCUCGGUGUCCACCACCCACAAGCACAUCGAGGUGACGGGCCCUGGCGGCAAGGCCACCAUCAUCCAUGCCCAGUACAACACGCCCAUCAGCAUGUACUCGCAAGACGCCAUCAUGGACGCCAUCGCAGGCCAGACCAUGACCAAAGGCCACGACGCUGGCCCAGAACCGUUCAAAGAGCGCCUGGUAGACAGCGCCUCGCCGGUCUACCAGGCGGUCCAAAGUGCGGGCAAGGUCCAGGAUGAGGGGGAGUGGGGUCAUCGGAGCAGCAGCGUGCAGUCCAAGUCCUUCCAGGUCUUGGCCCACAUGACAGGAACCGACUCUUUGACCGAGGAGGAGGAGGAGCUUAGAAGGAGCAGCAUGAAGCGCCAAUCUGCUGCUGGCGCCAGCGUCCAGCACCGAGCUGCCGUGUCAAGCCAGUUCGGUCAGCCUCCUUCCCAGCAGGCCCCGCCCCCUCCGCAGUACCAGCAACCUCCUUCCCAGCAGGCCCCGCCCCCUCCGCAGUACCAGCAACCUCCUUCCCAGCCGGCCCCGCCCCAGUAUCAACAGGCCCCGCCCACCCAGCAAAGCUCCAUUCAGAUACCGGUGGGCUCCGCCCCUCCCAAGGUGGUCAGCACCGCCUGCAUCUACCCCUCCCAGCCAGCUCAGGCCCCGCCCCCGCCGCGACCUCACCCCGCCGCCGCGCCCUUGCCUCAGGGCGUUGGCGCCGCCUCCAAUCGCCCCCCCUGGGUGACCGACACCUCCUUCGCCGACAAGUUUGACCCUGGCAAGACCACCACCACCGUCGUCAAGGCGGCGCCGCCGCUGCCUCAGGCCGCGCCUCCUCCGCCGGCGUACAUCCCCAACCCUUCCCCCGCCGCCAAGAGCCCCGCCCCCGCCCACGUCGCUCCCAACCCCGCCCCCUUCCCGCCGGUGGCCAGAGGCGUGGCGCAGCGGGCGGAGAGGUUCGCCGCCAGCAGCCGCACGCCGCUCUGCGGCGCCUGCAACAGCAUCAUCCGGGGUCCCUUCCUGGUGGCGCUGGGCCGCUCGUGGCAUCCCGAGGAGUUCAACUGCCAUUACUGCAACGUGUCGCUGGCGGACGUCAGCUUCGUGGAGGAGCAGAACAACGUCUACUGCGAGAAAUGCUACGAGGAGUUCUUUGCCCCCACCUGCGCCCGCUGCAGCACCAAGGUCAUGGGGGAGGUGAUGCACGCUCUGAGGCAGACGUGGCACACUACAUGUUUUGUCUGCGCCGCCUGUGGCAAACCUUUUGGCAACAGUCUCUUCCACAUGGAGGACGGAGAACCUUACUGCGAGAAAGAUUAUGUGGCGCUCUUCAGCACCAAAUGUCACGGCUGUGACUUCCCGGUGGAAGCUGGAGAUAAAUUCAUUGAAGCUUUGGGUCACACCUGGCAUGACACCUGCUUCGUGUGUGCGGUGUGUCACAUCAACCUGGAAGGCCAACCUUUCUACUCCAAGAAGGACAAACCUUUGUGCAAGAAGCACGCUCACGCCAUCAACGUGUAACCUAGCAACCACACGCCGUCAACCUGUGACCUAGCAACCACACGCCAUCAAUGUGUAACCUAGCAACCACGCGCCAUCAAUGUGUAACCUAGCAACCACGCGCCAUCAGUGUGUAACCUAGCAACCACACGCAUCAAUGACUAACCUGCCAACCACACGCAUCGUGUAACCUAGCAACCACACGCCAUUCACCCGUAACCUAGCAACCACAUGACAUCAACCUGUACCCUAGCAACCACACGACAUCAACUUGUACCCUAGCAACCACACGCCAUCAACGUGUAACCUAGCAAACACACACAUCAACGUGUAACCUAGCAACCACACACGUCAACAUUUAACCUGGCAACCACACACUUCAACGUGUAACCUGGCAACCGUACCCCAUCAAUGUGUAACCUAGCAACCACACACAUCAACGUGUAACCUAGCAACUGUACGCCAUCAACGUGUAACCUAGCGACCACACACAUCAAUAUGUUACCUAGCAAUCACACGCCAUCAACGUGUAACCUAGCAACCACACAAAUCAAUGACUCACCUGCCAACCACACACCAUCGUGUAACUUAGCAACCACACGCCAUCAACUUGUAACCUAGCAACCACACAACAUCAACCUGUACCCUAGCAACCACACACAUAAACCUGUAACCUGGCAACCACACGCCAUCAACUUGUAACCUAGCAACCACACACAUCAAGGUGUAACCUGGCAACCACACACAUCAAUGUGUAACCUACCAACCGUACACCAUCAACGUGUAACCUAGCAACCACACACAUCAACGUGUAACCUGGCAACCACACACAUCAACGUGUAACCUAGCAACCGUACACCAUCAACGUGUAACCUAGCAACCACACACAUCAACAUGUAACCUGGCAACCAUACGCCAUCAACGUGUAACCUAGAAACCACACACAUCAACAUGUAACCUGGCAACCAUACACCAUCAACAUGUGACUUAGCAACUGUACGCCAUCAAUGUGUAACCUAGCAACCACACACAUCAACGUGUAACCUGGCAACCACACACAUCAACCUGUACCCUAGCAACCACACACAUUAACUUGUAACCUGGCAACCACACGCCAUCAAUGUGUAACCUAGCAACCAUACGCCAUCAAUGUGUAACCUAGCAACCACACACCAUCAACGUGUAACCUAGCAACCACACACAUCAACCUGUAACCUGGCAACCACAAGCCAUCAACGUGUAACCUAGCAACCACACACAUCAACAUGUAACCUGGCCACCACAUGCCAUCAACGUGUAACCAAGCAACCACACACAUCCACAUGUAACCUGGCAACCACAAGCCAUCAAUGUGUAACCUAGCAACCACACACAUCCACAUGUAACCUGGCCACCACACGCCAUCAAUGUGUAACCUAGCAACCACACGCCAUCAACGUGUAACCUAGCAACCACACGACAUCAGCCUGUACCCUAGGAAACCACACACAUCAAGCUGUAACCUGGCAACCACACCCCAUCAACGUGUAACCUAGCAACCACACAGAUCAACAUGUAACCUGGCCACCACACGCCAUCAAUGUGUAACCUAGCAACCACACACCAUCAAUGUGUAACCUAGCAACCACACACAUCAACCUGUAACCUGGCAACCACAAGCCAUCAACGUGUAACCUAACAACCACACACAUCAACAUGUAACCUAGCAACCACACACAUCAACAUGUAACCUAGCAACCACACACAUCAACGUGUAACCUGGCAACCACCCGCAAUCAACGUAUAACCUAGCAACCACCCACAUCAACGUGUAACCUAGCAACCAUACACCAUCAACAUGUGACCUAGCAACCGCACGCCAUCAACGUGCAACCUAGCAACCUCUUCUUCACUUGUACACGUGUGUGCUAAAACACAUUUUGCUUUUGCUUUUGCUUUUUUAAAUCUUCCAAUUUCAAAUCAAAUCUUUGUCUUCUGUUUUUCUCUUUGAAUUGUUCUUCUUGCUCUUUUUUGUUUGCAACAACUUGAAACCUUUCAGGCUGUGAAUGCAACUCAAGCCUUACUGUGGUCAAAUUCCCCAGCUUUUUAAAGACACUUGAACUAACCACAGGCGACAAUCUGCACUGCAAUAAACAUACAAGAAAGUUGAACUCUAUGAAUAAAUAUGUCAUCUGCCCAAAAGUAAUAUUUAAAUACUUUGUCAUUGUUUUAAAUAACUGUAAUAAUACAAAUUAAUCCAAUGAGGUACUAUUUAUUGAUUUUAUAGUAUGUGUAAUAUAGUUUACUGCAAGCAUUUUUGACCAGAAGUAUUUUAGACUCUUGAACUCAGCACAUUAAUUCCUGCAGGAUUUCAGUCACCCAAAGUACCAUUUGAAUGUCCUACGCUCUGUUGGACCCUUGAACUCAGCACAUUUAAUCCCAAAAUUACAAACCCCCAAAGUAACAUUUGAAUGUCCUACGCUAUGUUAGACACUUAAAUUUAGCACAUUUACUCCGACAAGAUUACAAACCCCCAAAGUAACAUUUGAAUGUCCUACACUAUGUUAGACACUGGAACUCAACACAUUCAGUCCUGCGGGAUUACAGUCAUCCAAAGCAACAUUUGAAUGUCUUACACUAUGUUAGACACUUGAACUCAGCCCAUUUAAUCCUACAGGAUUACAAACACCCAAAGUAACCUUUGAAUGUCCUACACCGUGUUGGACACUUGAACUCAACACAUUCAGUCCUGCAAAAUUGCAGACACCCAAAGUAACAUUUCAAUUUCCUACACUUUGUUAAACACUUGAACUCAGCACAUUAAAUUAGCACAUUAAAUUCUGCAAGAUUACAGACACCCAAAGUAAUAUUUGAAUGUUCCACACUAUGUUAGACACUUGAACUCAACACAUUCAGUCCUGCGGGAUUACAGCCAUCCAAAGUAACAUUUGAAUGUCUUACACUGUUAGACACUUGAACUCAGCACAUUCAGUCCUGUAAAAUUGCAGACACCCAAAGUUUUCAAUUUCCUACACUUUGUUAUACACUUGAACUCAGCAAAUAACAUUUUUCAAGAUUACAGACACCCAAAGUAAGAUUUCAAUGUCUUACACUAUGUUAGACACUUGAACUCAGCACAUUAGAUCCUGCAAGAUUAGAGAAACCCAAAGUAACAUUUGAAUGUCCGACACUGUGUUAGACACUUGAACUCAGCAUAUGACAUUUUUCAAGAUUGCAGACACCCAAAUUAAGAUUUCAAUUUCCCACACUAUGUUAAACACUUGAACUCAGCACAUUAAAUCCUAUAAAAUUAGAGAAACCCAAAGUAACAUUUGAAUGUCCUACACUGUGUUAGACACUUGAACUCUGCAUAUGACAUUUUUCACGAUUGCAGACACCCAAAGUAAGAUUUCAAUGUCCCACACUAUGUUAGACACUUGAACUCAGCACAUUAAAUCCUGUAAGAUUAGAGAAACCCAAAGUAACAUUUGAAUGUCCUACAUUGUGUUAGACACUUGAACUCAGCACAUUCAGGCCUGCAAAAUUGCAUACACCCAAAGUAACGUUUGAAUCUCCUACACUAUGUUAGACACUUGAACUCAGUACAAUAAACUUUGCAAAAUUGCUGACACCCAAAGUAACAUUUGAAUUUCCUACACUUUGUUAUAAAUUUGAACUCAGCACAUUAAAUUCUGCAAGAUUGCAGACACCCAAAGUAACAUUUGAAACUUCUACACUAUGUUAGACACUUGAACUCAGCAUAUUAGGUCCUGCAAUUGUGCAGACACCCAAAGUAACAUUUGAAUCUCCUCCACUGUUGGACACUUGAAGUCAGCACAUUAAAUUCUGCAAUAUUGCAGACACCCAAGGUAACAUUUGAAUGUCCUUCACUAUGUUAGACACUUGAACUCAGCACAUUAAAUCCUGCAGUAUUGCAGACACCCAAGGUAACAGUUGAAUGUCCUAAACUAUGUCAGCCACUUGAACUCAGCACAUUAAGUCCUGCAAGACUGCAGACACCCUAAGUAACAUUUGAAUGUCCUCCACUAUGUUAAACACUUGAACUCAGCAGAGGCUAUUUCACACACAGUAUCUAACGUUAGAAUGUCCCACAGUGUUUUGGACACCUGAAGUAAGCACAGACCAUCACACUGUUCCGGACAACAAGCCACUAACUGAUCCCGGCCUUAUUUUUAUUAUUUCUUUGCAAUAAAGUGUGAUAUUUAUUUGCAAUAUGGUGCUCAGAAGAAAGCGCUGGAUUUUUUUCUUAGAGUGUUUUUUUGUUUUGUUUGUUUUCUGUUUUUUUUGUGACCUUGGUGAGAGAAAUGUCAGCUUUGUGCUUGUAGAGUCAUCACAAUGUUGGUCAGGACGUAAAGUACUAUUGAUGUAGUACUACCACUAGUUAGUAACAGCAGUACUACUACUAGUUUAUCUUGUGUUACCGUAGUAACAGCAGUACCACUACUAGUUUAUCUUGUGUUACUGUAGUAACAGCAGUACUACUACUAGUUUAUCUUGUGUUACUGUAGUAACAGCAGUAGAACUACUAGUUUAUCUUGUGUUACUGUAGUAACAGCAGUACUACUACUAGUUUAUCUUGUGUUACUGUAGUAACAGCAGUAGAACUACUAGUUUAUCUUGCGUUACUGUAGUAACAUCAGUAGAACUACUACUUUAUCUUGUGUUACUGUAGUAACAGCAGUACUGCUACUAGUUUUUAUUGUGUUACUGUAGUAACAGCAGUACCACUACUAGUUUUUCUUGUGUUGCUGUAGUAACAGCAGUAGAACUACUACUUUAUCUUGUGUUACUGUAGUAACAGCAGUACUACUACUAGUUUUUAUUGUGUUACUAUAGUAACAGUAGUACUACUACUAGUUUAUCUUGUGUUACUGUAGUAACAGCAGUACCACUACUAGUUUAUCUUGUGUUACUGUAAUAACAGCAGUACUACUACUAGUUUUUAUUGUGUUACUGUAGUAACAGCAGUACCACUACUAGUUUAUCUUGUGUUACUGUAGUAACAGCAGUAGAACUACUAGUUUAUCUUGUGUUGCUGUAGUAACAGCAGUACUACUACUAGUUUUUCUUGUGUUACUGUAGUAACAGCAGUAGAACUACUAGUUUAUCUUGUGUUACUGUAGUAACACAAGAUAAACAGUAGUAACAGCAGUACCACUACUAGUUUUUCUUGUGUUACUGUAGUAACAGCAGUACUACUACUAGUUUUUCUUGUGUUACUGUAGUAACAGCAGUAGAACUACUGUUUAUCUUGUGUUACUGUAGUAACACAAGAUAAACAGUAGUAACAGCAGUAGAACUACUAGUUUAUCUUGUGUUGCUGUAGUAACAGCAGUACUACUACUAGUUUUUCUUGUGUUACUGUAGUAACAGCAGUAGAACUACUGUUUAUCUUGUGUUACUGUAGUAACACAAGAUAAACAGUAGUAACAGCAGUACCACUACUAGUUUUUCUUGUGUUACUGUAGUAACAGCAGUACUACUACUAGUUUAUCCUGUGUUACUACAGUAACUGCAAUUGUACUACUAGUUUAUAUUGUGUUACUUUAGUAACAGCAGUACUACUACUACUACUACUAGUUUAUCUUGUGUUAUUGUAAUAAUAGUAGUAGUACUACUAUUUUGUCUUGUGCUACUAUAGUAACUGCAGUAUUAGUACUAGUUUAUUGUGUGUUACUGUAGUGACAGUAGUUGUAAUACCAUUUUAUUUGAGAUUACUCUAUGAACAGCAGUAAUAGUACUAGUUACUGCUGUAACAGUAGUACUAGUUGAUAGUAUGCGACUCUAGUAACAUCAGUAGUAGUACUAGUUAAUGCAGUAACAGUAGUACCAGUUGAUCGUAUUUUACUUUUGUAACAGCAGUAGUAGUACUAGUUAUUGCAGUGACAGUAGUCUAGUUGAUCAGCAGUAUUAUUACUAUUUUAUCGUGUGUUACUGUCGUGACAGCAGUAGUACUACUAGUUUGUCUUGUGCUACUGUAGUAAAAGCACUAAUAGAACUAGUUUAUCUUGUUUUACUGUAGUGACAAGUAGUAAUACUGCUAGUUUAUCUUAGAUGACUCUAAUAACAGCAGUAAUAGUAUUAGUUACUGCACUAGCAGUAGUACUAGUUGAUCUUAUGCUACUCUAGUAACAGCAGUAAUAGUACUAGUUACUGCAGUACUAAUUGAUAUUUUUCUACUCUAGUAACAGCAGUAAUAGUACUAGUUACUGUUGUAACAGUAGUACUAGUUGAUCUUAUGCUACUCUAGUAACAGCAGUAGUAGUAUUAAUUAAUGCAGUAACACCAGUACUUCUGCUAUUCUAGUAACAGUAGUAGUAGUACUAGUUACUGACGUAACACUAGUACUCGUGCUUCUCUAGUAACAGCAGUAGUAGUACGAGUUACUGAAGUAACACUUGUACUUAUGCUACUCUAGUAACAGCAGUAGUAGUACUAGUUACUGCAGUAACAGUAGUACUAGUUGGUCUUAUGCUACUCUAGUAUCAGCAGUAGUAGUAGUAAUUACUGCAGUAACACUUGUACUUCUGCUAUUCUAGUAACAGUAGUAGUAGUACUAGUUACUGAAGUAACACUAGUACUUGUGCUACUCUAGUAACAGCUGUAGUAGUACUAGUUACUGCAGUAACAGUAGUACUAGUUGAUCUUAUGCUACUCUAGUAACAGCAGUAGUAGUACUAAUUGCUGCAGUAACACUAGUACUUCUGCUAUUCUAGUAACAGCAGUAGUAGUACUAGUUACUGAAGUAACACUAGUACUUAUGCUACUCUAAUAACAGCAGUAGUAGUACUAGUUACUGAAUUACACUAGUACUUAUGCUACUCUAGUAACAGCAGUAGUAGUACUAGUUACUGCAGUAACAGUAGUACUAGUUGAUCUUAUGCUACUCUAGUAACAGCAGUAGUAGUAGUAAUUACUGCAGUAACACUAGUACUUCUGCUAUUCUAGUAACAGCAGUGGAAGUACUAGUUACUGCAGUUGUAUAGUAGUAGUACUCGUUUUGUUUACCGCGACACAAACACAUCACGGCUGCUAAGUCAACAGACGAUGACGUUUGAGAUUUACGACUGUCACUGGUGCCUUGAACACACCGUGUCCUGUGUCACCUGCACAGGUGAAGCACUUUGGACACACCUGGGUAUUUGUUGUGUUGUGUGAUUGCGUGCAUGCAUCACUUAGUGUUGUGCUGCUGCGGGGAGGAAGUUUUCAUCUCACCUGUGAAGAAUGUCUGUGGAAUAAAGUCACACUUUUGCUGCA